AUGUCCAAGCGCCACCUCUUCGAGUCGCCCGACGGCCUCGUCAACAAGGCCCUCCGUGGCAUCAUCGCCUACAACCCGUCCCUCUCCCUCGACGAGGGCAACCGCAUCGUCUACGAUACUGCAUAUAACCGCGCCAACGUCUCCCUCAUCUCCGGUGGCGGCUCCGGCCACGAGCCCGCCUGGACCGGCUACGUCGGCGAGAACAUGCUGGCCGCCUCUGUCCCCGGCGACAUCUUCGCCAGUCCCAGCACCAAGCAGAUCGUUGCCGCCGUCGAGGCCGUCCCCAGCGACAAGGGCACUAUUCUCGUCGUCACAAAUUACACCGGCGACUGCCUACACUUUGGCCUCGCCAACGAGAAGGCCAACGCCCGCGGCCACAACUGCCGUAUCAUCAUCUGCGGCGACGAUGUCUCCGUCGGCAAGGGCCGUGGCUCCAUGGUCGGUCGCCGUGGCCUCGCCGGCCAGAUCGGUGUGCUCAAGGUCAUGGGCGGUGCUGCCGGCGCGGGCGGCUCCCUCGACGAAGUCUACGACCUCGGUGUCGCCUUCUCCCAGCAGAUCGUCUCCAUCGCCGCCACCCUCGACCACUGCCACGUCCCCGGCCGUACCGAGCACGCGACCCUGAAAGAAGACGAGGUCGAGCUCGGCACCGGCCCCCACAACGAGCCCGGCUUCCUGAAGCUUUCCCCUCCCCCCUCUCCCUCUGAGCUGGUCGCCAAGAUCCUCAAGAACUGCCUCGACGAGUCCGACCCCGAGCGAGGCUACGUUCACUUCGCCCCCGGCGACGAGACCUUCCUCCUCGUCAGCAACUUCGGCGGCAUGUCCCAUCUCGAGAUGGGUGCCCUCGUCGACGAGCUCCUCGAGCAGCUCGAGACCACCUGGUCCAUUGAGCCCGUCCGCGUCGUCUGCGGCUUCCUCGAGACCUCCCUCAACGCUCCUGCCUUCUCCGUCUCCGUCGUCAAUGCCUCCGCCGCCGCAAGAAAUUGUUCCUACUCCCUCGAUCAGAUCAAGGCCUUCUUCGAUGUCCGCACAACCACCUACUGGGAGUCCAUAACAGGCUCUCAGUCCACCCGCCGCCGCCGCAGGGACCAGAUCGUCUCCGCUCCCAAGGAGCAGCCCAGACCCGUCGACGACGCCCGCGACCUCAAGGUCGACCCUGCCCUCCUCGAGGCCAUGCUCCGCCGCGCCUGCGCCGCCGUCGUCGACUCCGAGCCCGACCUCACCCGCUGGGACACCAUCAUGGGCGACGGCGACUGCGGCGAGACCCUCAAGACCGGCGCGACCGCCCUCCUCUCCGCCCUCGACGCCGGCCUCGCCAAGCCCGGCUCCGCCGUCAAGGUCCUCCUAGAGCUCGAGGAGAUUGUCGAGUCGAAGAUGGGCGGCACCCUCGGAGGCAUCCUCGGCAUCUUCUUCGUCUCCCUCCGCGCUGCCGUCGAGUCCAACAUCUCCCUCGCGUCCUCCAAGGGCCCCGUCGCUCUCUGGGGCGCCGCCCUGUCCUCCGCCCUGUCCAGCCUGAGGCGCUACACCCCCGCCAAGGUCGGCGACCGGACCGUCAUGGACACCCUGAUCCCCUUCGCCGAGGCCAUGGAGAAGGCCGGUUUCGCCGAGGGUGUCAACGCGGCUAUCAAGGGCGCCGAGGCCACCAAGACCAUGACCCCUCGCCUCGGCCGCGCGACGUAUGUAGGCGGAUCGAGCGACAACUCUGAGCUUCCCCCCGACCCUGGUGCUUGGGGCGCCAUGGUGGCCAUCCGAGGUCUGAAGGACGGUCACAAUUGA